UUCAACUCAAUAGUUUAAGAUAUGAUGCAGAUGCUAAAAUCUAUACAAAAAGUUGAAUUAUCAUCUCUAAAUCAUUAAAAUUUGUCAUAACAAAUUCAGAUCUAUAUGUUCUAAUGACUCCUUUUCUUUAAUUAAUUGCAGCUAUAUCAAUCGUUAUAUCUGGAAUGUUGAUAGCUGUCGCCUUUUGCAUCUACAGAUCAUCGCCAUACACUUCAAUGAUGUUAUGGAACAAGAAAAGUAAGAGUCACCAGAACAUUGAGCAAUUUUUAAGGAAGCAUGGAUCACUUGCGCCUAAAAGAUAUAGUUAUUCUGAUGUUAAGAUUAUGACCAAUUCAUUCAAACAUAAACUAGGCCAAGGAGGAUAUGGAGGUGUUUACAAAGGCACACUACAUGAUGGUCGUCAUGUUGCAGUGAAGGUUUUGACUGAGUCUAAAGGUAAUGGCGAAGAAUUUAUCAAUGAGGUUGCUAGUAUUAGUAAGACUGCUCAUGUCAACAUAGUCACUCUUUUAGGCUAUUGUUUUGAAGGUCAUAGGAGAGCUCUUAUUUACGAGUUUAUGUUGAAUGGAUCUCUAGAGAAGUUCAUAUAUGAAAAGAAUCCAUUAAAUUGGGAACUAUUGUACCAAAUUGUAAUGGGAAUAGCUCGAGGGCUAGAGUAUUUACAUCGUGGUUGCAACACAAGAAUUUUGCACUUUGAUAUAAAGCCUCAUAACAUUCUUCUUGAUGAAGAUUUUUUUCCGAAGAUCUCUGAUUUUGGUCUAGCUAAAAUUUGCCCCAACAAAGAGAGUAUCGUAUCGAUGACAGUUGCACGAGGGACUAUUGGUUAUAUUGCUCCUGAAGUAUUUUCAAGAAACUUUGGAGAGGUCUCUCACAAGUCAGAUGUUUAUAGCUAUGGAAUGAUGGUUUUAGAAAUGACUGGAGGAAGACAAAAUAAAAAUGUUCAAGUUGAUAAUAGCAGUGAAAUAUACUUUCCACAUUGGAUUUACAAACGCCUUGAAGAAGAUGAAGAGCUUGGAUUGGAUGGCAUUUCAAAUGAAGAGGAUAAAAAUUAUAUAAGAAAGAUGAUGAUAGUGAGCUUGUGGUGCAUACAAACUAAGCCCUCAGAUAGGCCAACAAUGAGCAGAGUGAUAGAUAUGUUGGAAAGCAAUCUUGACAUGUUGCAAAUCCCACCAAGGCCUUUCUUAACUUCUCCUUCAAGAUUGCAACUAGAUUCUUCGACACUGUCAUUAAAGUAAUAUUGUAAUUCUAUGAUGUACCAGAUUGCCCCAACAAAGAGAUUAUUGUAUCAAGAAAACUUGAAUUCAUCAUCAUAAAUAGAUGCCAUAGUUUAAAGUGU